CUUUAUUUAAUUAAUCAAAAAACUAAAUCUAAUAUCUCUCUCUCUAGCAGCUACCAGAUUUAAAUCACAGUCUAGAGAGAGAAAAUCAAACCCAAAGAGCAAAUCCCACUCCCUUUCUCUCUAAAAAAUCACACGAUUUUGCCAGAACUCUGAACACUCUCUCGUUUUCUCUCCCUAUCUCUAUGCACAUCGGCGCGUCUGUGUAUUUAUCUGCGAUUUGAAACCCUAGGCAUUUCGGAUCCCGAGCUACAUUUGGAUGUGAAGGACCGUGCGCUGCUCAGAUCGGGAUAUGGAGGAGGCUUUCGGCGACGGAGGUUAUGCUCCGAUGACGGAGUACAGUAACGGACCGGUUCAUGGGGGUGCGCCGACACCGCCGCCGCUGAUGGUGUCGGGAUCGUUCAAGGAGGGGAAGAGCUCAUCGCGGAGGAGAGGAUUCAGGAGGCCGAGUAUGGACGGCGACGAGCUCAUAAACCUCUUGCACGGCUCGGAUCCGGUCAAGGUCGAGCUCAAUCGGCUCGAGAAUGAAGUCAGAGAUAAGGACCGGGAGUUAGGAGAGGCACAGGCUCAGAUCAAGGCUCUCAAGCUCUCUGAUAGAGCCAGAGAAAAGGCUUGUGAAGAGCUCACUGAUGAGUUGUCGAAGGUGGAAGAAAAGCUGAAGUUGACAGAAUCACUUCUAGAAAGCAGAAAUCUUGAAAUUAAGAAAAUCAAUGAUGAGAAGAAAGCUUCCAUGGCUGCUCAGUUCGCAGCUGAAGCUACUCUACGGAGGGUUCAUGCUGCGCAAAAGGAUGAUGAUAUGCCUCCUAUUGAAGCCAUUCUUGCACCUCUGGAGGCAGAGCUCAAGCUUGCCCGGCAAGAGAUUGCAAAACUUCAAGAUGAUAACAAAGCUUUGGAUCGCCUUACCAAAUCAAAAGAAGCAGCUUUACUUGAGGCUGAGAGGACUGUUCAGGUUGCCUUGGCUAAGGCCUCCAUGGUGGAUGAUCUUCAGAAUAAAAACCAAGAGUUGAUGAAACAGAUAGAAAUUUGUCAGGAAGAAAAUAAAAUUUUAGACAAGAUGCAUAGACAAAAGGUUGCUGAGGUUGAAAAGCUUACUCAGACUGUGCGGGAGUUGGAAGAGGCUGUUCUUUCGGGUGGUGCAGCGGCAAAUGCUGUGAGGGAUUAUCAGCGGAAGUUUCAGGAGAUGAAUGAGGAAAGGAAAACUCUGGACCGGGAGUUGGCCCGUGCAAAAGUAACAGCAAAUAGAGUAGCUGUAGUGGUAGCAAAUGAGUGGAAAGAUGCUAAUGACAAAGUGAUGCCUGUAAAACAAUGGCUUGAAGAACGGAGAUUUUUGCAGGGAGAAAUGCAACAACUUCGUGACAAGCUUGCCAUAACUGAGCGAGCUGCCAAGUCUGAAGCUCAGUUGAAAGAAAAAUAUCACAUGCGACUUAAAGUGCUUGAGGAGAGUGUGAGAGGUAACAGUAUUAAUCGCAGCACAGUAGAGGGAAGAAGUACAAGCAAUGGGCCCUCGCGACGUCAGUCCCUGGGUGGAGCUGAUAACGCUCCAAAAUUAAGCUCCAAUGGGUUUUCAUCCAAGAGAACUCCCGUCAGGUCUUUGUCCUCCAGCACCAGUUCAGUGUUAAAGCAUGCUAAGGGCACAUCAAAAUCAUUUGAUGGUGGUACAAGAUCAUUGGACAGGGGUAAGGUUCACUUGAACGGUACAAGCCCCAGUUUCUCUGUCAACCAAUCUUGUGAGGGAACAAAGGAUGGUGAAGCUCAAACUAACUGGAAAGGAAAUUCAGAUGAUAAGCCUGAGUUCUCGACAGUGGAUACGGAGGAUAGUGUCCCUGGGGUUUUGUAUGAUUUGUUGCAGAAAGAGGUUGUAGCGUUGAGGAAAGCUGGUCAUGAGAAAGAUCAAAGCCUGAAAGACAAGGAUGAUGCUAUUGAGAUGUUAGCCAAGAAGGUAGAUACCUUGACUAAAGCAAUGGAGGUUGAAGCAAAGAAAAUGAGAAGAGAAGUUGCUUCCAUGGAGAAGGAGGUAGCUGCCAUGCGUGUGGACAAAGAGCAUGAGAAUAGGGCCAAGCGGUUUGGUCAUACCAAAAGUUCUGUCAGCAGUGCUCAGGUUCUCUCUGGAAGGGGUCUCGCGCGAAGUGGGUUAACCCGCAGCACCCAAUAACAAAAAUCCUAAUUUGGAGCUGCAGAAAGGCAUUAAACCGCAGAGAGGCGCCUUGUUCCUCCUUCCGUUUUCCACACUUAUUUUAUUUUAUCCUGUCCUUUCCUCCCUACCGCGAUUGAUUAUAAGAUAGUAGCUGGCAUGCCGAUGAAACCGUGUUCACCAAAAGCUGGUCAAGGGGAGCAACAUCUGAGAAAGAAGUUGUCGGUAUGCCUGCCUCUGACGUAGAUUGUUAUUCCCGUGCUUGUUAGAGAGAUGAGCAGAAGAAAAGAGAAGGGGAAGAAGAAGAAGAUUAUUGACUUUUGGGCUAACCUACCUUUUGUGGCGUGGUCUCGUGAGUGGGCAAUGGUUGUGUUUGUAUAGGUAGCUUAUUGGGUUUUGUUACAAUGUUCUAUGUUUUGCAGUUUAUAUUUGUAAUUGCAGAAGCUAGUGUGGUUGUUGUUGGUUAAGGGGUUUGUUAAUAUUCUUGUAACCAGAUCAAGAUCAGAUCUUUUGUUGGUUGUGUUAAUUCCUCUAUAGUCCACUGUUGGUUUAUGUA